AUGGCUACCCGUAACCCAGUUUCUGUGGAGACUAUACUUACAUUCGAUAACAGAGAUGCGCAAAGUCAAUGGUCAGAAGUAUGGUCGACUACACAUAUCCCUGGCAUGGACAACGCAUCCGGUGGUGACGGUUUGAGUGGUAUCCAGGGCCGGAAGAAACUACGAUUUGGAGCUCUCAUACUUGGGUCUUUCCUUACGAUGCACUGCCGAGUGACUGCGUCCGCUCUUACUGGCGGCGUCUGUCUUGGUAUAGCAAUAUGCAUUAACGCUUUGGUUCGGGCCAUUAUAUGUUGUGCAAUGGCAGCAAUAUGUGCUAUAUACGUCGUAUAUUCCGUCAGUGAUUCAAAACUUCCAUUUAGUUACUGCAGUGUGGAGGUGGUUUUAUUUCGCGAAGACUAUAAUUUCGGUCAUUUCAAUAUAACCUUAAUGAUAGCUUUAGUUGUAGUGUGGAUAUGUUUAUGGUUACUGAUGAUAUGGGAGCGUAUAGCGCAUAAGAGAGGUGGAGUUGCUUUGUUAGAAAGCGUGGAUGCCUUAAUGACGGGAAUAUCAACGCCAUUUGUUUGCAUAUUGGAACUAGUUGCGAUCCUUUACGUUUAUCGAGGUCGUGAUUUUGUCUCUGACAUGAAUAUAGCGACCGAGGAAAACGCGUGCUCGUCCAGAAUAGACACACAGUGGCAAAUUAUACCUGUUAUAACAUUGGUUACAUUAAUAAUAAAGCUGAGCGUUGUGUUCGUGGCGGAAUUGCCGAAGAUGUCGUUGGCGUAUGCGGCGGCGGCGUUGGUGGCCGUGGUCAUCGCCGGACCUCUGCGAGCCGUUAGGAACGCUGUGGUCUUCAUGCGAGCCAGGAGACACAAGUAG